CCGCUCGCCGUCGCCUUCCUUCCAUCUUUCUCCCACCCGAUUCCUUCUGCCCCUCGGCCCAUAGAACUCCCCCCCCUCCUUUGCUCCCUGUCUCCGAUAGAGCCCUGCUCCAACAUGGUCAACCCCAUUCGCUUCCUCCUUGCUGCUGCCGUCGCCCCCAUUGCCUCGGUCCUGGCCCAGUGCAACGCCACCUUGCCCUCCAACUCCCUGACCAUCCAGGACUUUUCCUCCGACUCUGGCUCCAACACCGUCGGCGAGCUCUUCCAGCAGAAUGGCAUCACCCCCGGCGGCCAGUUCACCGUUGCUAACAACCAGCUCACUGUCGUUGCCAACCCCACCAACAUCUCCAACUGGUACAUGGAGUUCACUUGGCACUGCCUGACCACCCACCCCAUCGCCCCCAACACCACCGUCUCGACCAUGGACGAGAACAACCCGCACUACAGCCAGCUCCAGGGCUACAGCCACAUCAAGCUCGACAUCAACGGCCCCGUCGGCCAGUCCGUCGACUUUUACAUCGAGUUUGCCAACUCGACCGAGGCCUGCAGCAACGUCGAGCUCCUGCCCCACGCCCAGAUCAACAGCGCCCCUUACGUGACCUUCAACGGCCAGUUCCAGACUGUCUGGAUUCCCGUCAAGGACUUCCCUGCCUUCAACGCCGUCACCGGUGGUAUCCACGUCUUUGCCGUCUGGUUCCAGCCCGGCUCUGGCACCUUUAGCUUCAGAAACGUCCAGCUGAUUGACUGCGACGGCCUGCCCACCAUCUCGACCAGUGCUGCUGCCCCUGCCUCGACUGUGGCUGCCAACGCCUCGUCCACCCAGGCCAGCUCGACCGCCGCCAGCUCGACCACCACUCUCCCCACAACGACCAAGACUGGUGAUGCUGCUGCUCGCGGCACCGGUAUUCUGGCCUUUGCUGCUGCCGUCUUCGCUGCCAUGCUUCUCUAAGCCCAUCGAUGCUGUGUCGUCCAGGGCUUGGCUGCUGCCGUGCUGUUGUGUUGCUGGAUCCUCUGGUCUACCGACAUGGCCCUGCCAAGACGCCCAAGCUUGACUUUGACCCACCAGCAAUCCCCACCUUGCGUAUCCCCCUUUUUUCCCUGGUCUGAUCU